AUGGCUAAGGACCUCUUUGAACUAGCGAACUACAUUCUUGGGUACGAUUUACUGAAGUUAUGCUUACAGGGCCCCAAAGAUAAACUAGACCAAACAAAAUAUUGCCAACCAGCUGUUAUGGUUGCUUCACUAGCAGCGAUUGAACAGUUAAAAGAGGAGAGGCCAAAUGCUAUAGCCAAUUGUAUGGCUACUGCUGGUUUUAGUUUAGGACAAAUUACUGCUUUAGUUUUUGCUGGAGCUCUAGGUUUUGAGAGAGCUUUACAGUUAGUUAAAAUCAGAGGAGAAGCAAUGCAGUUAGCUGGAGAAGCUUACAAAGGUGGAAUGGCUACAGUAAAGUAUGGACCUGACAGUAAAUUAAAUCAAGCUUGUAUAAAAGCGGCUUUUGGCAAGUUGCAGUACACCCUGAGUGUUGUCAUUAUUUUUGUCACGUUGGUUUUUGAGAAUUCAAUUUUGUACCUUAGAUUAUUAAGAGUUUUAAAUAAACUUGUUAAAAGACCCUAA